CCAUCCGCGCGUCACCCUCGCAUGAUUUGCUGCAGAUGGAGAUUCGUCUUGAAAUCACUAUAAGGGAAACAUUGCAUGCUAUCAGGGCGACACUGUUACACACCCACUGGCACACAUUUACUUUGCUUGCCGAACAAGAUAUUUAUUUAACGUUGUCCCUAAGGAAGGAUCUGUCUUCGAUUCUGUCGACUCAACCGCUUAGCCCUAAAUGGAUUCCUCUUCCGUCAAGCCAUUCACGUCGUGUUGUUUUUAGGCGGCUUGCUGAUAUAUCUCGGCUCACUCGGGGUGUCGUCGUUCUGAUAUGCGACAUAAGCUACGCUGAAAUCGUAAUGAAUGAAGCAAAACGUCUAAACAUGCUUGAUGGACACUUUUUUUGGCUCUGGAUUGACGCUUCACGAGAAUUUGAUGUCUUCCAUAAGAUUGCUAAUAGAACACAUUUCACUGAGGACUUCGUAUAUGAAAAUGAAAAUAAUUUGUUUGGAUUUGAUCACAUAGAGCGAAGCAAAAGAACUUCCAUAAACAACGGUACCCACAGAGAAUCGAAGAUUGUCAAUACGCUUAUGAAAAACGUAUUACACAAAACGCUUACUAAGAAAGAUAGCUUAUUUGUUAUGAAUAAAACAAGUAAAUCUUUUAUUCGUCGUAUAAUUAGAAAUAUUAACAAGACAGAAACGCACAUUAAUAGUAAUUUAUAUGUAAAUUUUAGUGAAACGUAUGAAGCUAGUAGUAAUAGUAGUUCUGAAAGAAUAAGAAAUUAUAAUGUAAAUAAAGAAGGCGUUGAAAGUUCUAAAAGUAAAAAAGAUUCAAUUGAGAUUCUGAGUAGUAACUCACUCAAUAGAAAUAAAAGUAGACAUAUUAGCUUAAGUAAAUUAAAUAAUGAAUCUUUUAAUAAAUAUGUAAAUAGUAUAAGCGUACGUGAGAAUGAUAGUAAUGAUAUUAUGCAAAAGAAAUUAAAGAGUGGUAGAGAAGAUCUGAUGAAUAAAUUAUCUUUUUCAAGUGAUAUUAGUGAUUUCAUAAUGAAUCCCACGGUGCAUAUUUCUAUGAAUAGUAUUAGAAAUUCAGCUAAGAGAAAAGAUCCUAUGAUUGAUGAUCCAAUUAUGGAUGAAUUUACCGUUGAUGGAGCAAGGGAUAGCAGUGAAGACAUUUUAAGUAAAUUGCCUGUAGGAUUACUAGCCUUACAUCCGGAACCAAUGAAAAUAGAUCAGGUGUUUAUUAUGGCUGCUGUUAAGAUGGUGGCAAGUGCUCUUCGAAGAGUGUUACGAGCUUGUGAUGUUUGGUCAGCUCAAGCUCAAUUUUUAAGUGACGCGACCGCUUCUUGUUGGGAGGAACCAAGUGAUGUAGCAUCUGAUUUUUCCUUAGAAUUUGUAAGGGAAAUGCGAAUGUUAACUGCCUCUGCUCUUGGUGGCAGUAGAGAGUUAAUUUCCGAAAGUCCAUUGAUGGCAAAAUUUUCAUUUUUAAAUCUUGUUUCCAACCCCGAUGGUAAUAUUUGGAGGCAGGUUGGUCACAUUAUUGGUAGAAACGUGAAGCUGCACACCAUCAUAUGGCCUGGUGGGCGUCUUGUUGCACAAGGGCAAUCGACUGGGGCCAAAACGAUAUUUCGUGUGGUAACAGCUUUAGCCCCUCCAUUUGUAAUGGAAGGAGAAUUGGACGAAGACGGCCAAUGCCUUAGAGGACUACCGUGUCAUCGCCCUCAAACAUCGGAUCGCGACAACCUGACUCUUGCCUUUGUUCCCGAUAGGAAUAGUGAACGAGAAGAGUUUUUUAUUCCCACCCAAAAACCACCCACAAAAAUGGCAACCCAUUGUUGUUAUGGUCUGGCUAUGGAUCUUUUAGAAAAUGUUGCUCAAGAAUUAGAGUUUGAUUUCCACUUGUACAUAGUUGAAGAUGGCUUGUACGGUUCGAGGAAGCUUACAAGGCCAUUUCAGAGAUUAGAUGAAAAUACAAUUCUACCACAUGGUCCUACAUACAACACAGAAAGUUACAGAUCACAGUAUAGAAUUAAAAAUAAUGAUUUCAUAAGCGACAGUUUAAAGGAUGAACAUAUUGAAGUUGAUGAUGAUUACGAGAAAUGGGAUGGCAUAGUGGGUGAUUUAGUAUCUGGUGCUGCUCAUAUGUCAUUUGCAGCUCUCAGUGUAUCAUCUGCAAGAGCAGAAGUUGUAGAUUUUAGUCAACCAUAUUUUUUUAGUAGUGUUUCUAUAUUGGCAGCACCCAAUCAACGACCAGAUAUCCCUUUGCUAGCAUUUUUAUUACCAUUCUCUCCAGAACUAUGGGUUGCAAUUUUUACUUCUCUUAAUGUCACUGCAAUCGCUGUAGCUAUAUAUGAAUGGUUGUCACCAUUUGGCUUGAACCCUUGGGGAAGGCAACGAUCCAAAAAUUUUAGUAUAUCGAGUGCUUUGUGGGUCAUGUGGGGCUUGCUUUGUGGACAUUUAGUAGCAUUUAAGGCACCAAAAAGUUGGCCUAAUAAGUUUCUCAUAAACGUUUGGGGCGGGUUUUCUGUUAUAUUUGUUGCGAGUUACACUGCUAAUAUUGCAGCAUUGAUAGCUGGACUAUUUUUUCACAAUGCUGUUGAUGAAUUUCAAGGAAGAAGCAAUUGGCUAUCUCUUCGAGUAGGUACUCCAAGAUCUUCAACAGCUGAAUAUUAUGUUCAGAGAAAUAAUCCUCAACUAGCACAAAGGAUGCGUCGAUAUGCACUUCAAGAUUUUGAGGAAGGAAUAGAACGACUAAGAAAUGGAACAUUGGAUCUAUUGAUCGCCGAUACACCUGUAUUAGAUUAUUAUCGUGCAACAGAUCAUGGUUGUAAGCUGCAACGUGUUGGAGAUCACUCACUAACAGAUGACACGUACGCUAUUGGUAUGGCUAAAGGAUUUCCUCUAAAGGAUAGCAUUUCAGCUGUUAUUGCAAAAUAUUCAUCGAAUGGAUACAUGGACAUAUUGACUGAAAAGUGGUACGGAGCAUUACCUUGUUUUAAGCUCAGUCCCGACUAUGGAAUACAACCAAAACCACUUGGUGUGGCAGCUGUAGCUGGAGUGUUCAUUCUACUGGGAGUGGGGAUGAUUGUGGGAUGUCUUAUAUUGAUACUGGAACACCUCUUUUAUAAAUAUACCCUACCCAUUUUACGUCAUCAACCAAAAGGGACUAUAUGGAGGAGCCGUAAUAUUAUGUUCUUCAGUCAGAAACUGUACAGAUUUAUAAAUUGCGUGGAAUUAGUGUCGCCUCACCACGCUGCCCGGGAGCUUGUUAACACAAUCCGCCAAGGACACUUUACGUCGCUUUUUCAGAAAAGUGUUAAAAGGAAGGAACACGAGCAGCGGAGGCGAAGAAAAAGUAAAGCACAAUUCUUUGAAAUGAUCCAGGAGAUUAGAAGGGUUCAGCAAGGACGCGACCAUUCUUUGGAUUCAAUAAAAGAAAAUGUCACCAUUGAAACAUCGGAAAUAUCGGAAGAUGUGACUGAAUCAAAGUUCCUGUCGCCGUCACCAGAUGUUUCGAGUCGGUCGCCACGACAAAGUAGGUCGCCUCGACAACUUCGCUCGCCGAGAAAUAGAAGGAAACGUUCAAGUAUCGCUGGACUUAAUGUUCGCCGUUUUAGUACGGACUCGGUUCUCGGUUCCGAUUCCGCGUCAAUAUACGAACGAACUAGUUUGAAUAUCGGAAGAAGAUUAAGCCGCGAUGUCAGCUGCUUAACUAACUCUCCACCAGAUAUUAAUACAAGACUACGAACUCCUUCACCAAUGAUCCGACGUGCCGAAGGUUCCUCAACUAGAUCUUAUCAGGACGUAUCAGAUAAGAGUCAUAAUAAUUACCUGAGUAUAGAUGUACCUAGCCAUCGAGCAAGUAUUGAGAUUAUGGUUUCUGAAGAGAGUGAUAUACCACCAGCCCCUCCAUAUCCAAGAGUAUCACCAACAGGAGGCAGGUCGGAGCUAUCCAACUUGUCCGAAGAAGAAUUGCUAAGGUUAUGGCGAAGUUCAGAUAGGGAAGUGAAAGAGGCAUUGUUGGCUGCAUUGCAAGAAAAAAGGGCGAAUUUAGACCCGAAACAAGAUCCAGGGUGAACAGUGAUUUGUUUCUUUAUCUGGGAAUGAAAUCAUUGUAGAAAUCACUUCGUAUAUCUUAUUGUUGCUGCUCAUUCCGACAGAAGUGAAGGAGAGUAGACACGAGACCAGGAAAUGAUUAUUCUGUGCCUUUAUUGAAUUAUUUGAUGCGGACCUAUCGGAACUUAGUUUAACAAACGGUGUUCAAUUAAGCGUCUUCACUGGGACAGCUGCCUUAAAUUUAGUAAUCUAGUACAAUCCCAUUGCAUCAAAUAAUUUAAUCUAAGGUGAAUAGGUUAUUCUUUUGAAAAUUUUCGUCCAUGUAUUUAGUUAGAGUGAAAUAAUGUGUAUUUACUAACUAUAUAAUGUUAGAAAUAAAGUGCUUUAUUCAACUUGUACCUAGAAGGCUUCGAAAUUUAGUUUUACUUUAUAAUUAAAUAGGUAAUUUAAGUGUUGUAGUGAGGAUAAUAAAAGUAAACCAUAUUUGGAUUAUGGAAGUCACGCUACAAUCCAAACUAAAUGCAAAUGCUGAUUUGUUUGUUUAAUAUUGCGUUUUCACGUCUUAAGAUUGGCCAUACAAACGGUCGUACUUGGUUAUGGCGUUUUAACACAUCAUUCCCUAAAAAAAUACUAAUAGGUAUCUUGUGCCUUGUAUCUAGGUUUCUAUCGAAGCAGAAAAUGAAAUUUUCAAGAAACUAAUUCAGUAUAACGCUCCAAUUGUCUGCUUUUUUGCACUUUAUUUGAAAUUGCAUUCAUAAUGUAGUCAUGAAUUGUUAAAGAAAACAAAACAUUACAAUGGAAACGUCGCGCAUGUAAUGGAUACUCUAUAUGAAAAAUAUGUAUUUCACUCAUUUGUAAAGUGUACUCAAAAGCAUGUAUUUUCUGGAAGAAUUUUAAUGGAAUUUCUGCACACUAAUUUUCGUCAAAUGAUAACAUUUCGUCAAACGGCAUGCAAGAGUAAGCGAUAGCGCUUACUCUUGCAUGACAACAGACAGAAGGAACAACAGGAAUGGCCCUCUUAAGGCGUAGAAAACCGAUAAGAUCAUCAUGAAAGGAUUAUAGAGUACAUUCUAUUUUAUUAUUUUAGUUCACCAGUGAGUGCUAAAAGUUUGCUAUAUGAAUCAAACGCGAUCGUAGUGGGAAGCGAUAUUUUAUAUUUUAAAGAUUUCUGUGAGACACCUUACUAAAAAUUAAUCCUUACAGAAAACAAAAUCUCUAAUGCCUAAAAGUAUGUUAAAUAAAUUAUUAAUAUUAUAGUAGAUAAUAUUUAAUAAAUAUAUCAUACAAACUGAUAAAAGUACUGCCAUAUUAUAUUUUAGGAGUAGAUUUAAGAUUUUACUGAUUCAAUAUUUACAAGAGUUAGAGAGAGCACCCUAGAUUUAGUUUUGAAUUUCCUAUAAAUUCUCUUAGAUUGUGCACGUUAAUUCGAUUUCCCAUAAAAUAAAGUUAACGAUUCCUAACUAGAGUGCAAUGUUUCGGCACGAGACGAAAUCAGGGGCCUCAAGACACGCUUCUAGUGUAAUUUUUGACGUGUGGUUAGAAAGUAUUUUACAUCUACGGGGAAAAAAAAACAAAUAUUAAAAAAAAUAUUUAAUAUUAAACUUACAAAUAUCAAUUUAUAAAUUUAACCCCCAUUAAAUAAACUACAUAAAAUAACAGUAAUUAAAAAAUGACACACAGUUUGUACGUAAGUGUAAUUUGCCAGUAUCUUCGUCAAACUUUGAUACGUUUUCCAAAAGCAUAUUUCAACGUAAGAAUUGACAGUUUCGGCCCAAUAUUCACAUCACAACGAAAGUACCUAAUAACUGAGCAGAUGUAGAUUAAAAUAUAUUUGAAAGUGCUUUAUUUAAUGAAUAAAUAAUAAUUCAAUAUAUUGAUUUAUUCUUGCUUUUUGCUGAACUAUUAAGUAUGACCUAGCAACAAUUAUUCAUUUUACUUACAUCCUUACUGUGUUAGAAUGCGUUAAUUAGAUUUUGGACCAAUGCAAUUAUUUAAAUUUUAUUAGAUGUGAUUCAUCUAGUGAUAUGCAAUGUCUUAUGGAAUUACUCUUAAGCCGGGUCCAGAUACGAACGAAGGCGAAAGAUCGCUAAGAAAUGUAGGAGAAAGAGUGUUCCCUUUAUGUGGUCAAGGUUUUAUAUAUAGUGGGCUGUCAGGAAUAAGAAUUGUUUUAAUUAUUAUUGUGUGGAGGUAGUGAAUUAAGAAAUAUAUAAUAAUAAUAGAAAUUAGUUUUUAUGACUUCAAUUAUGUAUAUUCUAUUGUAAUGUAUUAUUAAAGCAAGGACUAAUUUCGUGCUGAAGAAACAUCAAUUUUCAGUGUAUGUAAUGAAGUUUUAAAUAAUAUGUAUAAAUAUGUUUCCGAAUGAUAUUUAAAUCUAGAUGUAACAUUGAGUCAUAAUAUGAGAAUUAUAUGAAUGAAAUAAAACCUAUUUGUGCCAA